GAGACCUACCGUGAUAAUCAGAACUACCCGUACACAUAGCCGCACCUACGCACUAAAUACCACAAAUGACCAUCCGAUAAGACCCGAGAACGGCAGCGCUAGCAUCCAUACCAUCUAUUCAGCCCCGACGCGCCCCGGACCAGCACGAACAUGCACACAUCCACAACCACGACCAUAACCACAACCACGAGCAGGACCGCAACCAUGACAUUCACAACCACGUCUACAAGUACAACACCGACGGCGGCACCACCACCACCACCACCCAUGCCGAACCCAACCCUCACCCCAACUUCAAUCUUACUUCCAAUCCCACUCUUACAAUCACCUUCCCAAUCUGGCAAUACGACGAGCACUUCUCCUGCCCUCCCUGCCGCUUCAGCACGCAAUGCCGAAGUCCACCAGAUACUCAAACGCAUUGCCGCCGAAGGUAAGGGAGGGGAGUAUGCGGGCAGAGAAGGUAAUAGUCUCCGCUAAGACUAAUUCCAGAGACCAUACUAAUGCGGCAUAGCGCUGGCAGAUUAAUGGACUCCAACUAUUCGUUCUUGGCCAUCUUGGGUGGGCAGUAAGUAGUCCAG